CGCCAUUUCACGAAACCGACCCAGAACUGUUCUUGCCUACUCCGUCAGAUUCUAAACUUCUGCAAGCUCUUCCCUGAGCCUCUUCUACUCAACUUGGUCAUCUGCGUGCUGUGAGCGGCUCCUACUUCUAUGGAAGACAACGCCGACCUCCAUGAUUGGGAGAUUGUCCACGACUCCGACCUCACCGAUUACCACAUGGGCGUCGUGGUCCUCAACGAGGACACGGCGAAAGGCGCCAUCAAGGAUGAUUACUUCCCCUUCGACUCCUGCAGUAGCCAGAACAUUCAAUCAGAGGAGGAUAGCAGUGAGGGAGGAAUAGAUUCUGAUAACCCAAGUGGCGUCGACGAUUCCGACUCUAAUACGUUUCUGGAAAGCUCCAGAGAGCAUUUGGGUUUCGUUGGAAUGAGGUUCCCGAUGAGAAAUCCUGAAAGUUUUUUGUCGGAUGAAUCAUCGGAGGGGCAAAGAUCGUUGACUAAUAGUGUACAUGCUGAGCUUGAAAGUUUGGAGGAUUCUGUUAUGGAAAUGGGAUCUGAAGUGAGUGUUCCUGGGUAUGGAAACUCGGGAGGGGAAAAUGAAGGGAGCGAUAGUUCUGACUCGCGGGAGAUAACAGAAAAUGGGGGUGAUACGAGCAUUAAUGAGGGUGAGAAGAAGGAGAAGAUAUGGUGGAAGGUGCCUCUGGGGUUGCUAAAGUAUUGCCUUGUUGGUAUGAGACCUGUUUGGUCUGUUUCGAUGGCUGCUGCUGUGCUUGGGAUUGUUCUGCUGUGGAAAAAGUUAUAUAGGAUGAAUCACAAGCGCCGAAGCAUUCCACUGAAGUUUGCUAUUGAUGUCAAGAAGGCUUCCCAGUUUACCGAUCGUUCUGCUCGUCUCAAUGAAGCUUUCUGGGUUGUACGCCGCAUGCCCAUUAUUAGGCCUUCUCUUCAAGCCAGUGGUGCCACCCAGUGGGCCCAAUGGGUUGCGCUGCCCCUUAGAUAAGUUCCUGAGCUGUUUUGAUAGGGAAAUGUGCUUUCUCUUCCAUACUUCUUUUUCUCAACGAAGCUUUUCCUAUCUAUGUUUAUUGAUAGAGAUACUCUGUUGUGUGAGCUUGAAUUCUCUGAUGCUUGCCCAUAUUAUGACCUUGUAGCUAUUUUGAA